AUGGCGCCCAAUGGGAACUGCCAGCGGCGACCGCACUGUUGUGGUGCGGCGCGUCGGGCGGGCGGCGGCCGGGGCGGCCCAGGGGCUGCCGCGGGGACUCGGGGCGCCGCCGAGCGGCCAGGCGCUGGGGCGGCCCGAGCACACCGCGGGGCCCGGACACGGCGGGUUCGAGGCCGGGCCCCCGCGCGGGGAGCCACGGGGUGGAGACUUUGCCGCGCGGCGCGGAGCAGGCGGGAGCCGGCGGGGGCCUCGGGAGCCCCAGGGCGGCCGGGCCCGGAUCCCGGGGGAAGCCUCGUGAGCCCCGGCCGGAGCCUCGGCGUGUACAUCCCCUCCGGGGCCCGGGCUGCAGGAGCACAGAGCAGCGGGGCCUCGCGGAGCUCGGAGCGCGCCUGACCCAGGGCGCACCGUGGGA